AUGUCCUCCAACGCAUCCCCUAGUCGUGAGCAAAUGUUGAAGCAUCUUUCUCAUACCGUCAAGGUGGCAUCAAGAACCAAAUCUUUUGGUCGCCAUCCUUUUGGUAGUAUUCUUGUUGGCCCUGACAACGAAACCGUCUUGUUGGAACAAGGCAACAUUGAUACACUUCAUCAUGCCGAGAGCACGCUCUGCCAUGUCGCUUGGACCAACUUCUCGCCCGAGUACCUGUCCAAAUGCACACUCUAUACUAACUUUGAACCUUGCGUCAUGUGUGCUGGUUCGUGCUACUGGGCCAACAUUGGCAGAGUGGUGUAUGGCAUCGCAGAGGAACGUUUGUUGCAGUUGACAGGUAAUAAUGAAGAAAACCCUACCAUGUCCAUGCCUUGCAGAAAGGUAUUCGAAGCUGGCCAACGUCCAGUUCAAGUAGAAGGGCCUUUCCCUGAAUUAGAAAAGGAAAUCAUAGCAGACCACUUAGAGUUCUGGGCGAAAUAA